CCAACCCGUUUGGACUUGGCUCUUUUCUCCUCCUGGAGCAUCAGCUCUCCGCAGGGAGCUCGGAGUGUGUAUGUAAUUCAAUAGUUGGACUAUUGUUUCUGUUCAGUGAAUUGUAAGAAUAUAAUAUUUCAAUAUAAUUAUGCAGUUGAAAAUAAAUAAAUAAAUAGUGCAUUCCAACCAUAAUGUGAGGAACUUGCGACAACGUGGUCGACAAUGAAGUGGUGAUCAGCGUGGAUCAUAAAUCAAACAUGAAUAAUUUAACUGGUGUGAAAUAGUGUGAUAUAGGUGAAGUGGUGAAUUAAGAGUGACUUAUUUGCUAUUUUGGACGUUUUAUUUGUUCAUCUUUCAUCCAACCGUUACGAUCUUUUCGGCGGGGGAACACCAAUUACGUCCAAUCGUCUGCAAAUUUGUUCGAAGUGCUGUUCGCGUGAUUGAUUCGUGACGACAGGCGCCACCGGCCGAAUUUCCCAUCAACCUGAUUCAACGGACAUAAGGAGACAAGUUUAAUUGAAAAAGAUCUCACCCGUACACGACCAGACGGCCGACGGCGGCACCCCGUGUUGCAUGCCGACUCCUGAGCCGAUAGUCCCGAUCGCAGAAGAGGAAGAUGACGAAUGAUACGACGACAACGACCAAUGCAGUCCCGUGCGAUCAAGGCAACUGUAAGAAGCGCGAAUCGUGGCAUACGAACGGGGAUGCGACCGAUCCACCGGGAGGCGACGAGAAAGAUGAUGGAACGGAUCCCGAUGGUGGUGGUGGCGGAGGUGGUGGGGAUCAGACGAAGGAAACGACCGCGUUGAAUCCGAAGGGCAUGGGCCUGAGUGGGAACAAGGAGAGGGCACUGGUGGUCACGUUGACCGGAGAGCGGCGGCGGGAAACGUGGAGCCAGAAGGCCGAGUUCCUGUUGGCGGUUAUUGGGUUUGCGGUGGAUCUGGGAAAUGUGUGGCGUUUUCCGUACAUUUGCUACCAGAACGGGGGCGGUGCAUUUCUCAUCCCGUACUGCAUUAUGUUGCUGUUCGGAGGGCUGCCACUGUUCUACAUGGAAUUGGCCCUGGGGCAGUUCCAUCGGUGCGGUUGUUUGACGAUUUGGAAACGGAUUUGUCCGGCGUUGAAAGGUGUUGGCUACGCAAUCUGCCUAAUCGACAUUUAUAUGGGCAUGUACUACAACACGAUUAUCGGCUGGGCGGUGUAUUAUCUUUUCGCCUCAUUUAGCACCGAGCUGCCGUGGACGAAAUGUGGCAACCCGUGGAACACCGAGGCCUGCCUGCCGGUCACAUCGUUGGCGAACGCGAGCAGUACGUUCGCAACGGCACUGGCUGGUACCAACGGCAGUCUGGUCGUCAACGGAACCCUGAGCUUGCUGGGGAACGUGAGCAGCUCCGUGAUUAGCGCUUCCAACGUUUUGGGCGAGGACAUAGUGCGGGUCAGCCCGGCGAGGGAGUUCUUCGAGCGCCAGGUCCUGGAGCAGUACAAAUCGGACGGAUUGGAUUUUAUGGGUCCGGUGAAGCCAUCGUUGGCGCUGUGUGUCUUCGGUGUAUUUGUUCUGGUGUACUUCUCGUUAUGGAAGGGAGUCCGAAGUGCUGGUAAGGUGGUUUGGGUAACGGCAUUGGCUCCUUAUGUUGUUCUGCUGAUUCUGUUGGCACGAGGUGUGACGCUGCCCGGCGCCGCGGAAGGCAUCCGAUACUAUUUAACCCCAGAAUGGCACAAACUGGGCAACUCCAAAGUCUGGAUCGAUGCAGCGUCGCAAAUUUUCUUCUCUCUGGGUCCCGGCUUCGGCACCCUGCUGGCCCUCUCGAGUUAUAACAAAUUCAACAACAAUUGUUACCGCGAUGCGCUGCUCACCAGCAGUAUCAAUUGCCUGACCAGCUUCCUGGCAGGGUUUGUGAUCUUCUCGGUGCUCGGAUACAUGGCCAACGUGCAGAACAAAUCGAUCGAAGAUGUCGGACUGGAGGGGCCGGGGCUGGUCUUCAUCGUCUAUCCGGAGGCAAUUGCCAUGAUGAAGGGAUCGGUCUUUUGGUCGAUCAUCUUCUUUCUCAUGUUGAUAACGCUGGGGCUGGACAGUACCUUCGGCGGUUUGGAAGCAAUGAUAACAGCACUUUGCGACGAAUAUCCGAGAACUAUCGGUCGGCGGAGAGAGCUCUUUGUGCUGAUACUGCUGGGACUGAUCUUCAUCUGUGCACUGCCAACGAUGACAUAUGGCGGCGUUUAUCUGGUGAACUUCCUGAACGUGUAUGGGCCAGGCUUGGCGAUCCUCUUCGUGGUGUUCGUCGAAGCAGCGGGCGUGUUUUGGUUCUAUGGCGUGGAAAACUUCUCCUCCGAUAUCGAGCAGAUGUUGGGCAAGAAACCGUCACUAUUCUGGCGGAUCUGUUGGAAGUACAUCAGCCCAACGUUUUUGUUUUGCAUAUUGAUAUUCUCACUCUUGGGUUACGAAGCCAUGCUGGACGGAGAGUACAAAUAUCCGGAAUGGAGCGUAGCAGCCGGCUGGGCAUUGACCCUGUCUUCAGUGCUUUGCAUUCCACUCUACGUCAUCUACAAGUUCAUGAGGAGUGAGGGAGGUUGCAGAAGCCGCCUAAGGCAAACCUUCAAACCCGAACCGCUGAUACCGACGGCUGUGCCCGGACAGAUGUACUCCGGAACUUCCGUCUGACAUGAUUGCGCCAGUGAUCGUAAUCCACAGCAUCGCCGAAAACCGUCGCCAUCAUCGUCGAUGGGUCACUGUUGCUGCAGCGGUCCCCGCCACUGCUACAAUUGCUUUAAUCGUAUCGAUUCACCAACGAACUGUAGCUGUUCCCCGAAUUGCAACUACAAUACCACUAAUAAGCAUAAUGAUAGAAAUGUACGUCGUUCUCCUAGUGGUACUGAUAAUGAUAACUUUGACGGUAAGCUUAGAGUUGGUCAGAUGUUGUUGAGUGUCGAAAAAGAUACCCACAGCUGCAAGAAGCCUAGUGAUAUUGGUAGUACUUAUUACUCUCGCUACAACUGCUACAGCGGUGGUAACGGAAACCUUAGUGGACUGUAUUCCGAGUUCACAACGAAGAAGCUCUCGUUCCCUCUGGCCACAGAGUGGCUCGUUUGAAUCCAUUUGCCAAAAGUAAGACAGAUCCGUCGUCAUGCUGUGCUAGUUUUGCCCAAUGACUUCCUCAUUUUCUAGAAUCGAAAGCCAAUUAAUCACUGAGUCGUUAUAGAUUUCGUUAGAAAUGUUUAUCUUGGUUUGGCCAAACUGCCACAAACAGCCAUAUGUGGCUGAUUGGUCAGAUGCAACUGCUCCAUAAUUCAAUACCUCGCUCGAGUUAGGUUCCUAGUUAUUAUAGUUUAUUCGCAUUUGUUACUCUAGGCAAGUUAUUUCCAUGAGAGAAUCUGUUACCAAAAGCAACGAGUUGAUAUUAACAAAAGAUAUUGUAUAGGAAUCAUGUUAACCGAUUGGGAUUAAGAAUGAUGUAUAGAAUUUUGUUGAGAUUUAGAAAAUAAUAAGGAAUAAAUAAAUGUUUAGCGAAUUAAUCUUUUUUUAUAGCUCGAAGCUAAUGACAAAGAGUAUUACAAUAAAUAUAUACAAAAUAACUAUUUAGUAACAACAGCUAGUCUGCUAAAUGCCUAGCUGAGCCAUAAGUGUUUGUGAGAUGUGCUUUUAGACAGAAGAUACAAAAAAUUGAAUGUUCGUAGCUAAUAGGGUACCUGUGCAACGCAUUCAGUAAGUUUUGUUUACUGGAAUUGGAAAAAUGAUCCGGAUGAUGAAUCAGAUUUAAUGCAAGGUUUGACCAAGGUUUUGUAGAGGGACGUAGAGAGUUGUUGGUGACAAGAACAAAAUGUAGUUUUCAAUGUUUUUAUCCAAUUUUUUGAAAAUGUUGAUAAGAAUAUAAUGUAAAAAUGUUUCCUUGAAUAACUUUAUCGAUUUUUUUUAAAAGGAAACUAUAUUCUCAGAAUCAUUUGUCGAAAAGAGAGAAAAAAUACAACGGAAUGUCUAAAACAUCUCUUUACUUCUCCGCUAUAAAUUUGAAAAGGUGCUCCAAUUGCAAGCAGCCAUUUGCAAUUUGAGCAUCAUGCGAUAUUUGCGGUGAUUAUGAAUGUAUUAAAAUUUGAUUCUCACGGAGAAUUAUUUGUUUGGCAUGAAAUGACAAUAAAGAAGACUAUUAUUUCA